AUGUAUUCCCUCAGACGUAUCGCCGCCGCCUUGGUGGCCGGCACGCUAUGCGUACAAGAAUGUGCUGCACAGGCGCCUACCGCCUACACGGAUUCCAAGACCAACAUCACGUUCACCACUUGGUCGUUCACUGACAGCGGUGGUAUGACCUACGGCAUGGCACUUCCUGAGGACGCUCUCACCAAGGAUGCGACUGAAUACAUCGGUAUCUUGCGAUGCCCAAACACCAGUGGUGGCUGGUGUGGACUGUCGCAUGGCGCAUCCGGCCAGAUGACCCAGGCCCUGCUCCUCAUGGCAUGGCCGUACAAGGACCAAGUCCUGACAUCCUUCCGCUUUGCCACGGGCUACACCAUGCCUGGCCUCUACACGGGUGAUGCCAAGCUGACCCAGAUCUCCUCGAGCGUCAACGACAAGGAGUUCGAAAUCAUCUACCGCUGCCAAGGAUGCUUCGCAUGGAACCAAGGCGGCUCCACUGGAAGCGUCAAGACGACUGACAAGAACCUCAUCAUCGGAAGGGCUGCUUCGAAGAAAGCACCUGUCAACCCUGGAUGCCCGUCCAAGAUCACAUACAGCUUCCACGACAACGGUUUUGGCCAAUUUGGUGCUGAUAUCUCGGGUGCUGUCAACAAAGACUAUUCCAAAUGGUCGGCUCUGGCCACCAAGACCGUCGCCGGCGAGUGCGGCGACACCACGACGGCUCCUCCGACGAGCACUCCCACCGCCCCGACCACCACCGCCCCUGCCCCUGUGGCAAGCUGCACAGCCGUUCCCACAGGUACAUACGACUACAUCAUCGUCGGCGGCGGUGCUGGUGGCAUCCCCAUGGCUGACCGACUCAGCGAGGCUGGCCAUAGUGUCCUCCUCCUCGAGAAAGGUCCUCCGUCCACGGGCGUCUGGGGAGGUGUCAUGAAGCCCGACUGGCUCAACGGCACUAACUUGACUCGCUUUGACGUGCCUGGUCUGUGCAACCAGAUUUGGCAUGAUUCGACCGGUGUCGCCUGCCUCGAUACCGACCAGAUGGCCGGAUGUGUUCUUGGUGGCGGUGUCGCUGUCAAUGCUGGCCUUUGGUGGAAGCCAUACCAUCUCGAUUGGGAUGAGAACUUCCCCGAAGGGUGGAAGAGCAAGGACGUGGUCGCUGCAACUGACCGUGUCUUCAAGAAGAUCCCGGGUACCACCGUUCCAUCUCAGGACGGUAAGCGGUAUCUGCAACAAGGCUUCGAGGUUCUUUCACGCGGCCUCAACGCCUCUGGCUGGGAGUAUGUCGUUCCAAAUGACCAUCCAAACUCGAAGAACCGCAGCUUUGGCCACAGCACGUUCAUGUUCUCGCACGGUGAGAGAGGCGGCCCGCUGGCCACCUAUCUGGUCAACGCUGCUCAGAGGAAGCAGUUCAGCCUCCACAUGAACACUCCUGCCAAGCGCGUCGUCCGAGACGGUGCUCACGUCACUGGCGUCGAGCUUGACUGUGCAAGUGCUGAUGGCAAGCCCACCAUCGUCAGCCUGACCAAGGACACCGGUCGUGUCAUUCUCUCCGCCGGCGCCUUCGGCACCCCUAGGCUCUUGAUGCGGAGCGGUAUCGGUCCCAAAGAUCAGCUCGAAAUCGUCAAGAACUCUACUGACGGACCGACCAUGAUCGACAGCAAGCAGUGGAUCAACCUGCCUGUCGGCUAUAACCUGGAUGACCACGCAAAUACCGACACCCAGAUCAGCCACCCGGACGUGGUCUUCUAUGACUUUUACGAGGCCUGGGAUGCCCCGAACACCACUGACAAAGAGAUGUACCUCGACAAGCGAAGUGGCAUUCUCGCCCAGGCCGCGCCCAACAUCGGCCCCCUGUUCUGGGAGGAGAUCACCACUUCUGACGGCAAGGUCCGACAGCUCCAAUGGACCGCCAGAGUUGAGGGUGACACCAACAACUCCAUGAUCAUGAGCCAGUACCUCGGCCGAGGUGCGACGUCUCGUGGCCGCAUGACUCUCGACCCUCAGCUCAACACUGUCGUCUCCAUCGCUCCCUACCUCCAGAACGCCGAGGACAGAGAGGCCGUCAUCAAGGGCAUCGAGAGCCUCCAGGCAUCGCUCAAGAAUGUCAAGAACCUGACCUGGAUCACCCCGCCGUCCAACAUGACCGUUGCGGCGUACGUCGACUCCCUCCCCAAGCUGGCGAGUGCCAGGCGCGCCAACCACUGGAUUGGUACUGCGAAGAUGGGCACUGAUGACGGCCGCAAGGCCGACGGUACCGCUGUCGUCGACACCAACGCAAAGGUCUACGGCACCGACAACCUAUUCGUGGUCGAUGCUUCCAUCUUCCCCGGCCACAUUACCGGCAAUCCUUCGGCUAUGAUUACGAUUGCUUCUGAGCAGGCUGCCGACAAGAUUUUGGCCUUGAAGAAGUAG